GAGGGCACACAGUGUGUUGUGAAUGUAUUGUAAUGUUUUUUAAAUUGUAUAAACUGCCUUAAUUUUGCUAGACCCCAGGAAGAGUACCUGCUGCCGGGGAUCCAUAAUAAAUACAAAUGGUUAGGUUGUUAAUCAGACGCACGUGGCAUUCCGGCAAUUUACAACAAAAAAAUACUAUAUUGGUGUUGUGCCAGUUGUUGACGAGCAAAACUGCCCUCUCAUUUGCUAGAAUGGUCCCGCCUGAUCUUGCCUGUCUUCGAUCUUUGAGGACAUGUAUUUCCAUCGUUAGAGCGGUCAUUCGACUAUCUCUAGAUAUUCUUUCACCAAGUUGACGAUUCACCGAGCGCUCCUCCACGGCCCACUUGUGAUUGGCUACAGUCUAUUCAGCCUCUUUCCUCACAAGUCCACCAUGCCGAUUGAAUUGGCCAUGCCGCUCUACCUGUCAAACGAUGACUUCUGCUACACGAGGUCCCCGAAAUCACUACAACCACUACGACCCUGUCUGAAGCCCUGCAUGCAGUUCAAACCCUCUGCCCCUCCUAUGCAGACUGAACCAGAUUUGCUUCAUGAGAAGAAUGGGAAACCUAAAAGGCGAGUGUCCUUCGCCGACCACAAGGGCCUGGCCCUCACCAAGGUGAAGUUCUUUUCUCAUUUUGACACUAUUAACAUCCCACUCAACAUCACAGAGCUGUUCAGCUCUUCACUCAAGUUACCAAAUGAGGAGGACAAACUGAUAAUGGGCUUCACCCAGCCCUCCUCUGAUUACCUGCUGUUCCGUCAGCGUCUGGAGACUGAGCUUGUCUGCCUAGAGCACUGCAUGCUGAAAGAGAAGGCACUGUCUGGAACCGUGAAAGUCAAAAACCUGUCCUUUGAGAAGUCUGUCAAGGUGCGUGUAACCUUUGACACUUGGAAAAGCUACACAGACUUGGAGUGCCAGUACUUGAAGGACACCUACACAGGCUCGAACUAUGACACCUUCGCCUUCAAGGUUUCCCUUCCAGCUGAGCUGAGGCCGCACAAGCACAUAGAGUUUGCCAUCUGCUACAAAGUCAAUGGCCAGACAUACUGGGACGGUAACCAGGGCCGAAACUACAGGAUCAUCUGGUCUGCUCUGAAGAUGGACGGCCAGGGCAGCUUCAGCAAUAACCAGCAGAGACACUCGUUUGAUCUUGGAAUUCAAUUCGACUUCUAUGGAAGUCCUAGAUGCUCCCAUGGGAUGUUCCCAGAGUGGCCAAGUUAUGCAGGAUAUGAGGAUAUUAGACCGUACUACUGAAAAGCCGUCAUCCUUAGAGUAAAGUGUUUUUUGUUCAGAGAAAGGGCUGUUCCCGAAAAUGAAAUGUAUAUAUAUAUAUAUAUAUUUUUUUUUUUCAGGCCAGGCCAGUCUCGCCAUGCUCGGGGGAACAAAAGCAAUAAGAAAAAUAAAUACGUUUUGGGAUGGGGGUUGUAUACUCUGGAUUAUCAGAACUAGAAUAUUCAGAUGUGACAUUUACUGAUUGCAAAGCAGGUUUAAUUAACAGGCAUAUCUCAGUGUAGAUGUUGACUGAACCAAGAGAAGAACAUAAUUAAUAUCUAGCUUUUGUACUUGAUCUACAGUGGGUUCUGGAAUUAUUGGAUCCCUUGAUAAAGAUUAGUAAAAAAACGAAAAAUUCAAACUGGUCUCUAUUCUAUGCUCAAAAAAUGUAUAAAUUAUAUUUUGUACUAAUACAAUUGCUCAGACAAAGAUCUUGUUUAACAAGUAAUAAAAAAAAAUCUCAAAGUUGAGGUCAAAAUUGAGGGAUCCCAUGUUUUCAAUAUUCAAUAGACCAUAGCACCGCCUGAAGUUUGCUAAACGGCAAUGGCACUUGGAUAGGAACCAGUGCUAUUGUCAUAAGACAUGAAAAUAGUAGUCUUUGCCCACGCACACCAAUGGUGGGUUUAGCCUUCGAAAGAACAAUGUGCAUGCAGAAAAUACCUCAGCCCUACUGUGAAUUGUGUCGUUAUCCUUAAAAAGGGAUGGACAAACACAGGGAUGCUGGACUAUUGAAAACAGAGGAUCCAAUCAUUUUGUCCCUUAUCUUUUUGAGAUUGUUUAACAAGUAUUAUAUAUAUAUAUAUAUAUAUAUCUCUGAGCAAUUGUAUUAGUGUAAAAUAUACAUUUCAUGCAAUAUAGCUCAGUAUUUAUUUUAUACAGUGUAUUUUGCCCCUCUUUGUCAAGGGAUCCAGUAAUUCUGGACCCCACUGUGUGUUGGGAUAAGCCAUUACAUUAACUGGUAAAACUAUGUACACUGUUAUGUGUGAUGCAGGUCAAAAUAAUUGGAAGAACAAUGUUUACGAUGAAACUUUCAAUGAUUUUUAACAAAUAGAUUUGGAAUCAAAAUGUCUGUACUUUCACAUCACAUCUCUUGUACUGAGUUCUUUAAGUUGAUUUAUGUUAAGUGAUAUGACUUCAGAAUAGACUGGUAUUUUUAAGUCCCUUCAGGAUUUGCACCAUGUUUGUUCUGAGCUCAUUCUGGAAUGUGGGUGUAUUGAGUUCAAAUCCUUCCAUUUUUAAAGGGGUGGGAAUGGCAGGAAUUUACUUGGGACUGGAACCUUAGAAAUACACAUUCUGUCUGCUCCUGUUGAUGAUUUAAAAUGUUUUACCGUGUUCACUAUGCUGCUCUAUGUAAAUAAGAGUCAUUGGAAAUGUUUUUAAAGGAACAAGUAUGAAGGAUGGAAUUUUGUAUGUCAGAAUUAAAUAUGUUUUGCAAGAAUA